CCUCCCCAAAGCCUCGUAGGUCAUCGAACCCGCAUGCCGCCAAUGCCCAUCAUCCGUUAUCCAUGCCACCGACCGCCCAACAUCUUUCUGGUUGCACGUCGUCGUUUUCCUGCUGCCUGCCCCUGUCGAAUCUCGCCUGCAUUGCCAAUCUUGCCUUGCCUCCAGCCCGACUCCACACGGCCAGACCUACAUAUCUACGUACUACUCCGAACGUACAGACAUUCGCAAACCCAUUGUGUCGAGACCUACAUACCGCCUGCAUACGGCUCCAGUCCUCUCCUCGCUCCUCCUUGUUCCCGUCUUUCCAUUAACCUUGUCCCUGUCAAAGACAUGUAACACACCUUGUUCCGUAGCUAGUACGCUGGCUGCUAUGUCACUGGUUCCGUGGCGCUGUACUUGUUGGUUGUUGGUGUCUCUCUUUGCUUGCUUUUGAUUCUUGCCCAGGCUUAAUCCUCCGCCCCUUUCUCCUAUCACCCUUCGGAAACGCCCAUCAUCUCUCACCGGUCUUUUGAUCACAUUUUCACGGAACACACGAAAAGUGGAAAUCUGAUAGAUCAACUUUUCCCUCUCCGCCUCUCCGCCUCUCCGCCU